AUGGACGCCUUAGAGGAAGAGAGCUUCGCGCUGUCCAUCUCUUCCGCCUCUGACGCAGAAUUUGAUGCUGUGGUUGGGUAUUUAGAGGACAUUAUCAUGGAUGACGAGUUCCAGUUACUACAGAGAAAUUUCAUGGACAAGUACUACCAGGAAUUUGAAGACACGGAAGAGAAUAAACUCACCUACACACCUAUUUUUAAUGAAUAUCUUUCUCUGGUAGAGAAGUAUAUUGAAGAACAACUGCUGGAGCGGAUUCCUGGAUUUAACAUGGCAGCUUUCACCAUGACAUUACAGCACCAUAAAGAUGAAGUGGCUGGUGACAUAUUCGACAUGCUGCUCACAUUCACGGACUUCCUGGCUUUUAAAGAAAUGUUUCUGGACUACAGAGCAGAAAAAGAAGGCCGGGGACUAGACUUAAGCAGUGGCUUAGUGGUAACUUCAUUGUGCAAAUCGCCUUCCAUGCCAGCUUCCCAGACCAACCUGCGGCACUAG